GAAUUGAGAGAUUGAAUUGAAUUUUCAUUUCAAAUUCUAGCACAAAAGCAAAACACAAAGUUCAAAACAAGUCCCUAAAUUAGUUUAGUAAUUUUAAAUUUAAUCCACUUUAUAAUGGGUGACGCAGGGAGGCUUAUAAUAUUAUACGGAACACAGACUUUCACUGCUCAAGAACUAGCGGAAAGGAUUUGGCGCAAGACAAAAAUAUUGGGAUUCAAAGGUCCUGUUCAAGCGAUGGACGAUUAUCCCAUAUCCCGUCUUAUACACGAGGAAUUUGCCUUAUUUGUCUGCGCCACCACCGGCCAGGGUGAAGAGCCGGAUAAUAUGAAAAACUUCUGGAAGUUUCUACUCCGUAAAAACCUUCCAGCAAACUCUUUAGUGAAAAUGAAAUUUGGUGUUGUGUCUUUGGGUGAUUCAUCGUAUUCGAAAUUUAAUUUUGUGGGCAAGAAACUGCAUAAGAGGCUCAUACAAUUGGGUGCUACACCUCUGCUGAAUAUAGCUCUAUGUGACUACCAACAUGACUUGGGCCAUGAUGCAGUGUUAAUACCCUGGACCAAAGAGUUCUUUACCAAAUUGCAAGAAUAUUUUCAUAAAAUACCUAUUAACACUUUAAGUACAUCAUUCAUUCCUCGCUGGAAGGUCUCUUUGCUGAAGCAAGGAGAUUGUGAGAAUGGUCAUACCAUAAACAAAGAUAUUUAUUUUGCCAGCGGUCAUACAGAUAAUUUUUUAAAGGCACAUUAUUUGGAAAUAGAACAAAACUUCAGGACAACACAUGAUACACAUUUCCAGGAUGUGAGACUAAUAACAUUUAAAACAACUGAAGAUGAUAAAGUUGAGUAUAGCCCAGGUGAUGUAUUCAAUAUUAGACCUCGUAAUUCAGAAGAAGACAUAAAUGAUCUUUUUGAUAUUUUUCACACUCACAACAUUGAUAUAAAGCCUCAUUACCGCUUAUUAGUUGAGGAAGCUCAUGAAGGCAUGCCAGUACCACAUUUCCUGCAAGAGCCAUUAACUUUAUACGAAAUAGCUGAACAGUAUUGGGACCUGCGCGCCUACCCGACACAAUAUGUAUUCUCUCUUCUAGCACUUAUAUCAGAGGACGAGUUGGAAAGAGACAAAUGUAAGGAACUCAGUUCCACGGAGGGUCAGGAAGACUGGCUUAAUUACUGCAGGAGACCGAAAAGGACUAUUCUGGAGGUACUUCACGACUUCCACAAAUCAACUUCAAAACUGACAAUCGAUGUUCUAUUCGAAUUGUUCUCAACAAUAAAGCCUAGAUCCUUCUCCAUUGCCAAUAGUUGUCUACCCUCGCACGGCAGUAGAGUGGACAUAUUGGUAGCAGUUGUCAAAUAUUACAGCAAAUUGAAAAAGCCGAGGUUGGGCUUGGCGUCCAAUUGGCUCAAAUGUUUGAACGUUGGCGACAAAGUCUACGGCUGGAUAAAGAAGGGUAGUUUGAAAUUUUCCAAGGAUACAACUACCCCCCAAAUUCUAAUCGGUCCCGGUACAGGGUUGGCGCCGUUUAGAAGUUUAAUCCAAGAGAGAGUGUACAGAGGUUCAGCGCAGAGCCAAGUUCUGCAUCUCUUCUUCGGCUGCCGGUAUGAGAUGAAAGACUUCCACUGUAAAGAAGAGUUGCUCGGACUCGUCGCAGAAGACAAAUUGAGUCUGUACUGCGCCUUCUCAAGAGAUCAGGAUGAUAAAAUCUACGUCCAACACAAAAUCAAAGAGCACAGCACAGAACUAUGGCACCUCAUACAUAAUAAAGGGGCUUGCAUAUUCAUAUCGGGCAACUCCAAGAACAUGCCCGACAACGUGCGCGCUGCCUUCGUAGAGCACGUGUUCAGUGGAUCAGGCUCCAUGGACUCCACACAGGCGAGAGACUUGCUCGAGUCCAUGGAGAGGAGUGAUCGGUUGCAAGUUGAAACUUGGUGAACUCAUAUUGUAUUGCAGUGUUAGAAGAACAACCGGCCAAGUACGUGUCGGACCACACGCAGGGUUCCGUAGAUUAAGAUAGCACUUUAAUCCCCUUUGUAAUGCACAAAAAUACUGAUAACCAUAUCCCAUAUCAUGGGAUAGACGAUGAAAAAUUCAUCCUAACAUUGCAUGUAAGGAAACCCAAAAAAAAAUUUUUUUUUUUUCAAACUUUGUUUUCCAUUUUAUAGACUCUAGUUUUUACAAACUCUGAGUUAUCUUACUGACAACUUUAUCUUUUUAAUUAACAACGGAAUUAGUAUGCAAUUUUCGAAUCAACUACGUUUUUUAAGUUGGUCGACUAUUACUCUUUAUAUAGCAAUUGUUAAUUAGCCGUUAAAGUUUUCCAUGUAAUUUCAUCAUAUAUCCUACUUUUGUGAUUUUUUUACGUAUCCAUAAAUAACCGUUUAGCCGGUAGAGGGUGGGGACACAUCUUAAUAUUUUACAAACAGAUCCCUAAAUCGAAAAGUAUUGGAAGAAGACCCCUCAUAUCUUUCAAAGACCUAUCCAACGAACCCCAACUCUAUGAGAUAAACGAGUAAAAAAGAAUUAUCCCCACUUUACAUGUUGGGGAGGGUACCCUAAAAAAUAUUUUUCUAGAUUUUAUUUAACGACUUUGUUCACAUUUUUAAUGUACAUAUUCAUGUAAAUUUACAGCUUUCUAUCUCUGCGCUAAACCGCGGACGGACAGACAGACAUGACGAAACUAUAAGGGUUCCUUGUGGACUACGGAACUCUUUUAACCUGCAUGAUGUCCUCAGUCCACCAAAUGGGGGGUCAAAGUGCUUUACGUUGCGGGGUCGCCAUUCCGGCGUCAUGGGACCUCAAUGGGAAUAACAUUUAUUAUUGAUAUGUAUAUACUAUCCAUUUCCAUACAUUUUUUAGUUUUCGAAGCGUUAACGAUUGUAGAAAGGGAAUUGUUGUGUAACAUGGCUAGAGUAGAGGCCCCAUAGUUAUUAUAAAAUACAUAAUUUACAUGAUACACUCGAAUAAACGAAUUAAUUUACAUAAAUGGAAAUAAAUAAAAUUAUUAAAAAUAAAUUACAUUUUAUUUAAUAAAUAUACUUUCGUUACA